UUUAUGAUCAUAAUCAUACUUCUCAAGCAAGUAGCGCUGAAGUCGCAAAUGUUGUUCAAAUAAAUAUUUGCGAAUAUUCUAAAGAAUCUAGUAUUAAUUUAGGAAAAAGCUCUCCAAGGUCUUUGAUUGAGGGUGAAACAGUAAAUAUGAUUACUUUAUCAGAUAGAUUAGUUAUAUUACAUUAUAUGACCAGAACCCCGAAAAGUGCUGGCCCUGAAGAGAUGCGUAGAGCUUUUAGUAAAUGUGUGCCGAUUAUUGCUCGGGUCCUCAGAUCACGAUCUCCAUUUUUGUUUAAUUCCAGCUAUCCGAGGAUGUUUGAUGAACUUCCCACAUGUCACGUGCUGGCGAUUUUUGUUGGUUACGCUAGGAAAUCUGUUUGA